CGGUCCGUUGCCAAGGGCGAGGUUUGGUUGAAUCCUCGCGCUGCAGCCAUUCAGCGGCGGCGGUUGGCCCGGAGGGUCUCGGUGACGGUUAUUGUGGAAUUUGAAUUAUCCGGAACGGGACGGCUCGACGGUCACAGUCGGGGCUUUAACGGGGCCACGUCUGGAUCACGGAGGUGAUCACAGCAGCAAACAGUGGAAAUAGUUGGACUUCACUAGCACCUCAGGGAGCUCAGUGAUGAAUAAACUACGGCAGAGCUUCCGCCGAAAGAAGGACGUCUAUGUGCCGGAGUCCAGCCGGCCACAUCAGUGGCAGACCGACGAGGAGGCGGUCCGCGGCGGGAAGUGCAGCUUCGCAGUCAAGUACCUGGGCCAUGUGGAGGUGGAGGAGUCCAGAGGGAUGCACAUCUGUGAGGAUGCCGUCAAACGGCUGAAGACGGACAGGAAAUUCUUCAAAGGAUUCUUUGCUAAAGCGGGGAAGAAGGCGGUGCGUGCCGUGCUGUGGGUCUCUGCGGACGGGCUCCGAGUCGUAGAUGACAAAACGAAGGAUCUGAUCUUAGACCAGACGAUAGAAAAGGUGUCCUUCUGCGCUCCGGACAGGAACUUUGAGAGGGCGUUCUCCUACAUCUGCAGGGACGGCACCACGCGGCGCUGGAUCUGCCACUGUUUCAUGGCCAUCAAAGACUCAGGGGAACGUCUCAGUCACGCCGUGGGCUGCGCGUUUGCUGCUUGUCUGGAGAGGAAGCAGAAGCGGGAGAAAGAGUGCGGCGUCACGGCGACCUUCGAUGCCAACAGAACCACUUUCACCCGCGAGGGCUCGUUUCGUGUUACCACGGCGACUGAGGCGGCAGAACGAGAGGAAGUGAUGAGGCAGCUGCAGGACGUCAAGAAAGAGCCGGACGCCACUGCAGCCGGAGACUCUGCAAACUGUGUGACGAACCCCUUGGCGCAGCAGUCAGGAAGCCCCGCCUCCCCGUCGUCCUCGCCACCCCUCUCCGUGUCUGCGCUGGGAGCUCAGGCCAUCCCGCGCAGACACGCCCCGGCGGAGGCUCUGGCCCGGCAGGGCUCCUUCAGAGGCUUCCCGGCGCUCAGCCAGAAGACGUCGCCGUUCAAACGCCACAUGUCGCUGCGCAUGAACGAGCUGCCCUCCACCAUGCAGCGCCGGUCCGACUUCCCCAUCAAGAACGCAGUUCCUGAGGUGGAGGGGGAGGGCGACAGCAUCAGCUCGCUGUGCUCCCAGAUCACCACCACCUUCAGCGGAGCACCGGAGGACCCCUUCUCCUCCGCCCCCAUGCCCAAAGCGGCCUCCUCUCCACAGUCUCCUGUGGCUCCAGUGAAUGGUUCCACGCCCGCCUUCCCUGUUCCUGCUGCUGCUAACCCCCCCGUCCUGCCUCCCGCUCUGCCUGUUCGAGAAACUAACCCCUGGGCCAAGAACCCGGUGGGGGCGCCCACGCAGGCCCCGCCCUCAGUGCAGCCAGGAAGUGACUGGUCGUCAGCUGCUGGAAUCGUAGCCCCGCCCACCUCCUCUCCGGCCGUGACCUCCCACAAGCGCUCGUCGUCGGAGGCGGACCGCUGGUUGGAGGAAGUUUCCAAAUCUGUUCGCGCCGCGCAGCCUAGCCCGGUGCUGGCGGCUGCCACGCCCCCCUCCCAGCUGUUCUCCACCCAGGCCCCCAUGCCUUCAGCUCCACCCACCGUCCCGCUGGCUUUUAUGCCCCCCGUGGCCCCCGCUGUGCCCCUGCUGCCCCCCCGCCAGCCCACUUUCCACGGCUCCCCCCCCGUCUCCUUCCCGUUGUCCAACGGGCUGCCGCCCCCCCAGCCCUCCGUUGCCGUGUUCGGCAUCACCCCCUCGCAGAUGGUGGCGAACGUGUUCGGCUCCACCACGCAGCCCCCCCCAUUUCCGCAUCCCACAACGAGCGUGCAGCCCCCCCCUUUCCCGCUGCCAGCCACUCAGCCCCUCCCAUUCCCACCGCCAUCUUCUUCUGCCCCCCAGCAGGAUUCCCAGACCCUCAGUCCUUUCAUCAAACCCCACCCCCCAACAAACCCCGCCUCCCUGCAGCCGUCCAACAGCAAAGUUCCUUUUAACGGCGCCGGCAGCUGGGCCGCCCCCUCCUCCCAGCUGACCGCGGCGCCACAGGAGGACGCUUUUGAGGCCCAGUGGGCUGCUCUGGAGGGCCGGGGGCGCCAGCGGACCACGCCCUCCCCCACAAACCCCUUCUCCACUGAGCUACAAAAGACCUUUGAGAUCCAGCUCUGAAGACUGAGGAACAUGCAGGGGGCGGGGCGCGAACAGGCCCCGCCCCCAGAGACAGAACUCACUUCCUGAACCUGAAAGCAGAGAGACGACGAUGCCAAAUCUUUAUUUUUAUGCAUUGAGUAUAUUUUAAAUAGCUUUGAAUCGAGCAGAAGCUGGAUUAUGAGAGAUGAUGAUAUAUAAAGAACAGAAAGAACUAUUUUAUCUGCAGGAGCGACUGUAAACGCAGCAGGUCUCAUGCCCCCCAUGAAGCGUUUGUGAAGGGACGGCUGCCCUGCUCUGCUCACGGUGGAAGGAAAUGCCUUUUCUUGGUUGUGUUCAGUGAUUGGCUGUGAAGGAUGUGAUGAAAGCGGGGUGUCCACGCAGCAACAAUCAGGCCGCCGCCGCCGCUCUGCCUUCUGUGCUGUCCUGGUGUGGAAACAAUCCUCUCUGGUUUUAAAUUAUUGUUAUUUAACUCUGUAAGAUGCAACGGUCUUGUUUAGCCUCCUGGGGUAUUUUUGAAGUAGUUGCGUUGUUUUUAUUUUUAUUUUGCACAAGCACUACAGCAGCUGCUGGUGGGGGGGUUCUGGGUGACCCCCCUGACCUCAGACAGUGUCAUCUCUCAGCCUGAUUUUUCUGUCAUGUUUUUACCAUUUUUAAUCAAAUCUGUGAAAAUGAUUCUGAUCUAUUUUUCCAUUUUUCUUUCAUUUUCUUUUCUUUUUGGAGAGAAAACCUGAAGCCCACAGGUUGAAUAAAACUCAGCGGUAGAGAGUCUGAUUUCUUGAUUCAAACUUAUCAAAUCUAAUCACUUAAAUCAUACAACUAUUACAUUUGUAUUCAGUUCAUUUGACUGUUUAUAGAGAUAUAAAAUAAAUCUUUAUUAUUUUCAA